AUGCGUUUAGACUUGGAUCCGAAGGAAAAGCGGACCUUCAUCAUCACCAAUAUUACGAGAGGACUUGCCGUGCUCCUUAUUUUGUUCGUCUACAUCUGCGCGCUGGCCCAGAUCGCGACGGCGUUUAGUCUGAUAGGAAGCUUUGGGCUUGGAAAAGUCAUCAAGGACAGCCCGCUGAUCCAGGACCCAAUUUCCGGUCUCAUCCUCGGCAUGGUGGCUACGGUAGUUCUUCAAAGUCCUACAGCCACUGUGACCGUACUCGUUAGUAUGGUGGCAGCGAAUAUGAUCACCGUCCACACAGCGAUCCCAGUCAUGAUCGGCUCGGAGCUGGGCUCGAGUAUGGUAAACUCUUUUGUCUCGAUGGCGUAUUCGGGGGAUAAAGAACAGUUUCGACGAGCUUUUGCUGCAGCUACCCUGCCUGACGUCUUCAACUUUUGCAACUUGGUCGUAAUCUUGCCGAUUGAGAUUGCGACGAGUGCAAUCGAAAAAUUGAGCUGGAAAAUCACGUUGGACUACUUGACAGAUCCGUUUAAUAAGCUGAUACUUCAGGUCAAUGAAGUAGAAAUCCGAAACGCUACUAUCGCCAGAGAAAGCUUUCCACCUGACCACUCUUUUGUGAGCCGAUGUGUUUUUGCCAACGGGUCGCGGAUAGCUAAUUGCCCCUACAAGCACAUUUUCGCCUACUCUUCUAUCGGCGAUAUGGCGAUAGGAGUGAUCGUAGUCGUAGGCUCUGUAAUAGCGCUCAUUUGCUGCCUUUGCGGGAUUGUACACUUGAUUACGAAAAUGCUCUCGGGUCGCCUGGCCGUCCCACUACGAAAAGCACUCGACAAAGAAGUGCCCCAGCCCUUUAAAUGGCUGACCGGAUAUAUUAUUAUGUUUAUCGGGAUGGUAGUGACGUUAUUGCUGCAAUCUAACUCGAUUUUCUCGUCCUCCUCUAACGCCAUUAGUGGGAAUUGGUGUUAUUUCAUUGAAAAGGUCUACCCACUAACCCUCGGCUCAAACAUCGGAGCCACCUUUGCUGGGGUUAUCGCAGCAAUGUCGGCAGAUGAGACACGAUUUGAAAAAACUCUUCACAUGGCCAUGUGCUCUGUAAUCUACAACAUAAUUGGUACCCUAAUGUUUUAUGUGAUUCCAUGGACACGGAAAAUCCCUAUUUUCCUCUGUAUGAGGCUCGGAAAUGCGACGGCUGAGUACCGCUGGUUCAUCAUCGUCUACAUCCUCGGCCUUUUCGUCAUCUUGCCGGCCAUCAUUUUUGCCCUAUCCCUAGGCCCAGAUUUCCUA